CCCGUCAGGAAGAGACAUAAACAAAACAAACCCCAAAGCAGCAUGGAGGGUCCGGGCCAGAGCGGGAUGGGCGGCGCCCCCUACUGAGCCAUACCUUUGCCCCGCUGGGUCGGGGGGACGCCAGACAUGUGAAAAGACAGUCUCUACCCUGAAGAGCUCGCAAUCUAGAUAGAGGACGUUACAAACACAGUGAGCAAAAGAAGUCUACAAAGAGAGAAGAGCUCCGUGUGUGUGAACUGAAGUUAUUUCAGGGAAAACCUCUAUCCCUUUCAUUGCAUGAGUUAUAUGCUACCCACUGACACUGAAGUAAAGCUGGAAAGGAAUCCAAAAGUGAAGAAAACAAGAAAUUUGGAAUUGGAUUUGGGGGAUCUGGGCUUGGAAAUGCCUCAGCCCAGCGUGAGCGGAAUGGACCCUCCUUUUGGAGAUGCCUUUCGGUGCCACACAUUUUCAGAACAGACGCUGACGAGCACAGAUCUGUUGGCAAAUAGUUCAGAUCCAGACUUCAUGUAUGAACUAGACAGAGAAAUGGACUAUCAGCAGAGCUCCAGAGACAACCUCCUUUCUAUGGAGGACUGCAAAGAUAUUGAAAAUCUAGAGUCUUUUGCAGACGUCCUGGAUAAUGAAGCUGCUUUCACCUCAAACUGGGAGCAGUGGGACACAUACUGUGAAGACUUAACUAAGUACACCAAACUAACCAGCUGUGACAUCUGGGGAACAAAAGAAGUGGAUUACCUGGGCCUUGAUGAUUUCUCAAGCCCAUACCAAGAUGAAGAGGUGAUAAGUAGAACUCCAACUCUGGCCCAGCUUAACAGUGAGGACUCUCAACCUGUGUCAGAUUCACUUUAUUACUCGGAUUCACUCUUCAGUGUAAAACAAAACCCUUUAACUUCUCUGUUACCUGGGAAAAAAAUCACAAGUAGAGCAGCAGCCCCUGUAUGUUCCUCAAAGAACAUUCAGGCUGAGGCACCUUUGUCAGACUACAUUCAAAAGGCAAGCAAGCCCACUUCAAGCACACAAAUCAUGAAGACCAAUGUGUACAAUAAUGAGAAGGUGAACAGUCACGUUGAAUGUAAAGACUAUGUUAAAAAGGCAAAAGUAAAGAUCAGUCCGUUACCACAAAGCAAACCAGUGUUGAGCCAGGCACAUGCAGAUGCAGCAAAGGAGAACACAUGCUAUUGUGGAGCUGUAGCAAAGAGACAAGAGAGGAAAGGGAUAGAUUCCCUUCAGAAUCAUAAUACUCCUAUUUUGCCUUUCAAAGAGACUCAGGAGCUGCUCCUCAGCCCACCCCAGGAAUCUCCAGGGCUAGCUGUGGGGGAGAGCAGCCUUUCUGCCAGCACAUCUGUCUCAGAUCCUUCACAGAAGAAAGAAGAGCACAAUUAUUCUCUCUUUGUCACAGACAGCUUGUGUGAGCAGCCAACCAAAGGAGACCCUGAAGAGGAUGAGGAGGAUGAGGAAGAUAUUGAAGAUGAGGACCAUGAUGAGGGCUUUGGCAGUGAGCACGAACUGUCUGAAAAUGAUGAUGAGGAAGAAGAUUAUGAGGAAGACAAAGAUGAUGACAUCAGUGAUACUUUCUCUGAACCAGGAUAUGAAAAUGAUUCAGUGGAAGACUUAAAAGAAAGUACUGCAGUAUCUUGCCGAAAAAGAGGCAAACGAAGAUACUUUUGGGAGUAUAGUGAGCAACUGACACCAUCACAACAAGAAAGAAUGCUGAGGCCUUCGGAGUGGAGUCGAGAUACAUUACCAAGUAACAUGUAUCAGAAGAAUGGGCUCCAUCAUGGAAAAUAUGCAGUAAAGAAGUCACGGAGGACUGAUGUGGAAGACCUGACUCCUAACCCCAAAAAACUUCUCCAGAUUGGCAAUGAACUAAGGAAACUGAAUAAGGUGAUUAGUGACCUGACACCAGUCAGUGAACUUCCCUUAACUGCCAGACCGAGGUCAAGAAAAGAAAAGAACAAACUAGCUUCCAGGGCUUGCAGACUAAAGAAGAAAGCCCAGUAUGAAGCCAACAAAGUGAAGCUAUGGGGUCUCAACACAGAAUAUGAUAAUUUGUUGUUUGUGAUCAACUCUAUCAAACAAGAAAUUGUUAAUCGAGUGCAGAGUCCUAAAGAUGACAGAGGAACCAACAUGGAACAGAAGCUUGAUGUACUUAUUAAAGAUACUCUUGGACUACCUGUAGCUGGUCAAACAUCAGAAUUUGUGAACCAAGUUUUAGAGAAAACUGCAGAAGGAGACCCCACUGGUGGCCUUGUAGGGCUGCGAAUACCAACGUCAAAAGUUUAACAGACAUCAUUUCACCUAAUUUCAUUGGUCAGAGCUCUACCUGUAUUAAGUACUCCACUGUAAAUUUCAUUCUGGUCUGCAUGUCAGUUUAGCAUUAUGUAAACACUUAAAAUUAGGUUCCAUGGUUGUUGGGGGUUUUUUUUGUUUUUUGUUUUUUUUUUAACAACAAUGUAAUAGGAUAAGUAAGCGCACGAUAUAAAAUGCUUAAUUAGCAUUUUUGGAGCAUAAACCAGUAUUACAUAGUAUUAAAGCUGCUUCAGGCACAAAUACAGAGAUUAGGUGUUUUUAAACCUAGGACCAGAUCAUAUAAUUUGCUUUAGAAGCAAAAACACGUUUUGUGCUUGUGAAAAUUUUAGCAAAAUGCCGAACAUUGUGGCAGGUUUAUGCUCUGAGUAAAAUAAAAAUUAAGAGGAAGCAUUCUUUUGUAAACUGUCAAAGUUUAGUGGGUUUUUUUAGAAUUACUGCUUUUUUUCUUCUAAAAAAUAAAACCAGUAAGCUUUCUUUGCACCCAUUAACUUGUACAUAGUGCACAUGGCAUUAGAGCUAGUGUGCCAUAUAAGACUUUAAUUUUCUGAGCUUAAUAUUGUAUUUAAAUGUCUGUGAAAGUAAGAGGAGGAAAAAAAGUAUAUUCUUUGUGCCUUGUAUUUUGGGGGAGAGCUAUAAAUAUAAGAUAGUAAAGUUUUUGUACGAUGAAAACCCUGAGGAAAACACAAGAUGUAUAGAUGGUAAGAUUAUGGGGUUUCAUGUAUUUGUUCCAGCUCUUACAAAUUUUUGAAUGUAUAUAAGAAUAUGUUGAAAAUGUAGAUAUAUGCCACAGAGUCUAUGUAUUGUAUAAAAGAUGGCUCUAGAAAAUUCAAUUUCGGUACUUGGCCGGAAGAAAACAAAUACUUGCACAUUAAUGCGAUUGUUUAUUUUUGUACCAAAGACAAAUGCAACUGAUAUGGCAAACUGCCAGUCUAAGUAAAGUUUUGCACAGCUUACAUGAUACUGUACUGAAUGUAAAAAAACAAAAAAAAAAACAAAAAAGAAAAAAAAAUUAAAGGUCAGGGUUAGGGAUCUUACUGAACUGUGAAUUUUUUUUUUUUGUUUGGGUCCAAUUAUCUACAGAAGGAGCAUUCAUACAUAAUAUUAUUUUGCUGUUCUUCUAGUUCGCUUCCAUAGUAGAUAAGUUGAUGACCAUCUCAAAGUCUCAAUCUUUUUUUUUUCUCUGCAUUUGCUGUAGGAAAUGUUUAAUAUAUGUGGAUUUUAGUAAGCUAUUGGAAAAAUAGUUUUCAACUUUAAGAAUUUUAAAAAAAUUAUUUAGCUUGUUGUAGGAUACUUCCACCAAACAACCAAAAUAAAAUUAUUUUUAUUGUAAUAUGUAUAUAUGUAAAGAGGAAAAAGAGCUACAAAUAAUCUAAUUCCUUAGUUGCCACUUUUCCAGUUGAUGUAUUAUUAUGCAUGUGAUGUUUCAAAGGAUCAGCACAGGCUUAAAACAAAAACAAAAUUUAUAGUUUUCUUUUAUAUUUUUGUACAGAAAUUUCAAAAUUAGCUUCUUCAAACUUAUAUGUGACUUAUUCUUAAUUCAGUAGUUUCUGUGAUUGGGAAAUACUAACAAACAUUAGUUCUUAGUUGCUCCUCUGCUCAUAAGAGUUUGCUUUGUUAGUGUUUAGAGUACAAAUGAAAAGCUUUAUCUCUUGACGAGAAAGUCCUUUAUGUCAAGGCAAGAUCAUUCUCUGGUUUCAUGGACCCCUUUUUCUCCCCUUUCCUUUUUAUUUAAAGAUAAUGACAAAACACUGUCUACUGGGAAUAGAAAUACCAAAUACUUUAAAAUGUAGCUGCUGGAAAAAUGCAAAAAAAAAAAAAAAAAAAAAAGUCCAUGAAGGUUUUCUUUCCGCUCCCUUUGGGGAAAUCUCUCUCCUUCAUGUAGUUUGGCUAAGUUUGUUUGUACUGUGACCUACCUUUUUAUGUAUAGGUAGUAUUAUUUUUAUAUCUAAACUUUUAGUGUAAGAAGGUCUGAAUCAAAAGUAGUAGAAGAUGAAAGAGUGGAAGAUGAAAAUGGUAAUCCUGCUACAUGCUUGUAGUGUGUCCACAACUUAUUCUACAUCUUGAUAUUUUGUAAAACUUAAAAGGGUGGAGGAAGCCAAAAUACCACUACUGAACUGUAUCACAGAGUUUUUCCUUCAAGACUUGUGAAAAAGUACCCAGGACUAUCUAGUCAAAAUGUAGACAAUUUGCUUAAAGGAUUUGCAAAACCUGAGCAGGGGACUGUCUUGUUUGUUUGGGGUUUUUUUUUUUUGGGGUGUGUGUGUGUGUGUGUGUGUGUGUGUGUGUGUGUGUGUGUGUGUGUGUGUGUGUGGUGGGUUGUUUUUUUUUUUUUCAUGUGGCGGGAGGAGAAGCGGCACAGGUUUGUAGCUUCAGAACAGAACCUAAUGGGUCAGAUGCAUCCCUGGUGUAAUUCUUCCAAUACCAAGAGUUACACCAGAGAUGCAUUUGGCCAUUGAAAUCUUGACAAAGAAUGUCAAUGUCAUGUAAAUUUAAAGUCAUGGCUAUAUUGAGAUUUGAAAUAAUGUUAGUCCUUUCUGGUGUUUAAACAUUCACAAUGCUAGAAAGGUGCAAACCCUAUAUCAGAACUGUAUAGGCAAGGCAGUAUUUCAAAAUACGUUGACAGCAGUUUUGCGAUCAGGUAGGAUUUACAUGACAAAUUAAACUGACGAUAAGGUAGAAAAAUGCCCUUUUCUAGCUGCUCAGGAAUAUUGAGCUAACAUUGCUUUAUAGCUUUUUAUUUCGUCUGAAAACCAGAAUAUGAUUUUGGUCUAGCAUUUCAAAAAAGACUUUGAAUCUCUUUAGUGGAUUCUGUACCCUUGCAUUUCAGUGUUUUCUAUGUAUUAUUUUAAGUUAAAUAGUUAAAAGCUUUUAAAUAGUUGAGCUUUUUAAUGUUGACACUUUAUUUUGUACCUAUUUAUAUAAGUAUGUAUAUCUUAGAAAAGCACUUUGUUUAAAAAGAAGAAGAAAAAAAUUGCGUUUUUAUAUGAUUCCUGCCAUUUGCUGCUAACUCUGGGCUGGUCAGAAUGCUGCAGCGAUACUUGAUCUAAAUAAAACCUGGCAGUAAAAUGUAGAGUAAAGUUAAGACCUUUGCUGGUUUAACUUUAUCAUAAAGAUGACAUAGGCAAGCUGUGCAGCUUUACAUUUUAACCAGGGGACUCUGUGGCAUUUAAACCGUCUAGAAAUGGUUGUACUUUAAUGCCAGUAACAAUCUGCUUCCUCUAGUGUCAUUAAAAUAUAUAUGUUUAGUGUAUUCUUAUCACAAACAAAUCUUAUAAGGGUAAAAAUACAAAUGUACAUGUUCUGUUUUUUGGAAAUUGUGGCAUGCAUUUUUGGAUGAUCUUUAGAGAAUAGUUCUCUAAAGGCUUUCAGCAUUCAUACAUGGUAUGUGGAUCUUAAUGAAGUCCUUGAAUAUUUUUGAGUGUAGGCAUUGUGAAUAUUCACUAAUUCUGUCAUCAAAACCAAUUAUACAUUUUUAUUUAAU